AUGGAGAUGAACUUGUUCUGGCUUGGUGUGGGAGGAGGCUGUUUACUUUCAGUUCAUGCUUUCAUGAUAUUCUUCCUACGACAUAGGACAGGGAGACCACCACAAGGCAAUUUAUCAUUUCCUAGGUUUGAGCUCUUUCUUAUGAUUCUCAUGCUACCUUGCCUUUCUCAGUCAUCAACAUUUGUAAUACAAGGUGGAACAAAAGGGGGAAUUAUUACUGGGGUGUUGUUGCUAGCAGUCCCUGUAGCAUUCAUCUUAUCAGUAAUGUUAUUUCUUAUCAUUGCAAUCUCCUCUGGAAGUUUUGCUCAGUACAAAGAAUUCAAGCAAGUAACUAUUGAAGAAGAAUGGUACAUGAAGUUGUGGUUCUUCUUUAUUGGGAGGCCUACAACUGGAAAGUGGUUUAACAGGCACGGGCUACCUUCAUCUUUCGUCUCACGCUUCGGUAUUCUCUUUGAUGAUUGGAAGGGUUAUCCGGUGCUUCUUUUAGGUGAUCAAAAUGAACCAAACACCAUAACCAAGUGGACUGACAGUGCUCCAAGCGGGAUCGGAAGAAUGAAGGCAGUGAGCUCAGAGGACAACAACGAGGAAAACAAAAUUCCCAUUUUCAAGAGGGCAUUGGGCUGCGUGAGAGCAUCCUAUGUCAUCCUUGACUUAUCAAGAAGAGUUAGUUUGGGAAUAAUAUCAGUAGCUUACCCAUCCGAAAAAUCAAGUAAAAGCCUUUUUGCAUUGAUAAUUACGUUAGUACAGUUCAUUUAUCUAUUUACCAUCAAACCAUACAUCAGCAGGAGCGUCCAGGUUGUAGAAAGUGUUUCUCUCUUGUGUGAGGUAGGCGUGUUUGGUAUCUUUAUCAUUCAGAGUGGUUCAAACUCAGUUGAAACCAAAACUUGGGAAUUGAUUAUGUUGGUUCUUCUGGUGUUCACCUUCAUUGCCCAGCUUAUCAAUCAAUGGUAUGCUAUGGUAAAGUCCAUAUUAAAACUCUCACAGUCUGAGAGUAAUUCUUUAAGGCAUGGGUUAAAGUUUGCCGCAAAGGGACUUAUCCUGCCUUUCCUUCCGAGCAAGCAUUGGUCUAGCGUGAUAUCCACAUUCUCCCAGCCGGAAACCGACAUACUUUCAGUUAAUCCUAUAUGUUCAGGAGCAGAAUUUGAAAGAAGAAAUAGAACUGGAUAUAUGGAUCCAAUUAGCGCCAUGACCGCUACUGUAGUCCCAGUGCAAAGCCCGGGUACACCCAGCCCCAAUGUUAUGGAAAGAAGAGAUCCUACAACCUCAGAGAUAGCUGUCAAUGCACAUAUAGAAGUGGAAGGUAAAUGGCUAAAGGAGAACAAGGCUGGCCUAAAAAAUGAGCUAAAGAUACUAAGGGAGCUUGCAAAAGCUAGUUUUUCUGGGGAUGCCAGGGUUGAUGAAGCCAGUACCAGCUACACAUUAGAUGAGCAACAUUCAUCAAGUAAAGUCUAUUUGGGUAAUCCAAAGCGAAGACACUGA